UGUACGAGAGCUCGUGUAUUUGAACGGAUUAACGCGUUGACUGUAAAUUGAAACGCAUACAUAGCGACACAUAUAUACACGCACCAAGGUGCAUGCUAGUGCAGAGAGUAGUGGCGGCGGAAGAAGAGAACGCAGACGACGAAAGUGAAGACGGGCUGUGAAAGUGAAUUGGGCUUUUGGGUAUUAGCAACAACAACCAAAAAGGGGGAUACGCCGAAAGCGAAUGUGAAAAAGUGAAAUUAAUUUUCGUCUACAACAGUGAAGUUGAAAUUUAUAAUCGAAUUGCCGUGGUGGUGGUGGUGGUGGUGGCAAGCAGUGAAUGGAGGGAGGGCUGCUGCAGUGCAGUCGUUAGUAGUUAAUGGUGUCGGUGUCGGAUGGUCGGUCAUUAGAGAGUGUCAAAAUACAAAUAAGGAAAAAACAACAACAACAACAACAACAACAACAGCAAGAAAAGCGGAAAAUAUGUCAAAAUGGCAAGCAAAGAAGUGUAAGGAGCUGUUAAUGAGAAUUAUGCACUAAGCAAUAUAAAUGCAUAAAAACCAUAAAAGAAUUUCUACGAAUACAAAAUGCAACAGCAACGAAAACAACAGCACAACUUCAACGCGUUCCAUGCAUGACAUACAUAUAUACUAUAAUACAUAUACAUACAUACAUAUAUCAACUACAACCAAAUUGUUCAUCACGGUCGACAGCGAGAUAUAAACAACAACACGUAUGACGACCACCAACUCAGCACUCACGCACAACGAAGCACAGCAACAACAAAAUCACAAGAAUGUGUUGUAAAACAAAUGGAAGUAAGACUAGUUGGAGUAGCAGAAGUAGAAGUAAAAGAAAAGUGAAUGUUGAUGAUGCGAAUGGUAGCAACAGAAACGGUAACAGCAGCGGUAACAACAACACCAACAGCUGUGUGAUAAGCACACGUCGGAGAGAUAACUGUGCGCUGCUACUACUUUUGGUCAUACUCACACUAACGCAUAUACCCAGCGCAAGAUGCAAGCGAAAAGAAAUGGCUGCUGGUCGACUGGAGAAUGUCACACAAACUAUUUCGAAAAUCCUACAAGGUUACGAUAUACGAUUACGUCCGAAUUUUGGCGGUGAACCUUUGCAUGUGGGUAUGGAUCUCACCAUAGCGAGUUUUGAUGCCAUAUCUGAAGUGAAUAUGGACUACACCAUCACCAUGUAUUUGAAUCAGUAUUGGCGUGACGAGCGGCUCGCCUUCAAUGCCUACGGACCAUACUACGACGACGAUGCCGACGAUGAUGGCGUCAAUGAUGUGCUGACACUUUCGGGAGAUUUCGCUGAGAAAAUCUGGGUGCCAGACACAUUUUUCGCAAAUGAUAAAAAUAGUUUCUUACAUGACGUCACCGAACGCAAUAAACUGGUGCGUUUAGGUGGCGAUGGCGCUGUCACAUAUGGCAUGCGCUUUACAACAACACUCGCCUGCAUGAUGGAUUUGCAUUAUUAUCCGUUGGAUUCGCAAAAUUGUACGGUGGAAAUCGAGAGUUAUGGCUACACCGUUAGUGAUGUAGUGAUGUAUUGGAAGCCCACACCGGUGCGCGGUGUCAUGGACGCCGAACUGCCACAAUUCACAAUAAUCGGUUAUGGCACAAACGAUCGCAAGGAGCGCCUGGCGACCGGCAUUUACCAACGCCUGUCGCUCUCAUUUAAAUUACAACGGAAUAUUGGUUAUUUUGUAUUUCAAACAUAUCUGCCAAGUAUAUUGAUUGUAAUGCUUUCGUGGGUCUCCUUCUGGAUCAACCACGAGGCGACGAGUGCGCGCGUCGCAUUAGGCAUAACCACCGUGCUCACAAUGACCACAAUUAGCACCGGAGUGCGUAGUUCCUUGCCAAGGAUAUCGUAUGUCAAGGCCAUUGACAUUUACUUAGUUAUGUGUUUCGUGUUCGUCUUUGCCGCUCUGCUUGAAUAUGCAGCUGUCAAUUAUACGUAUUGGGGCAAGCGUGCAAAGAAGAAAGUGAAAAAGUCCAAAGAUGGUGAUGGCAGAAAAACAGGCAAAGGCGACAAAUUCGAAACGUGUUCGACAGCCGAGGACAUCAUCGAAUUGCAGGAUGUGCGCAUGAGUCCUAUACCCUCAUUGCGCAAGGGCAACUACAAUAGCACGCUCGGCUCCAUAGGCACUGAAACUGUGGACCUGGCAAAGUUUCCACCGAGCUUUAGAAUUACGCGCAAUUAUGGCACGAAUCGUACACAUUUGCGCUAUAGAGGUCAAAAAGGCAAACCACGCAUGCUGCAUGCGCUGAAGCGUGGCGCCUCCGCGCUCAAAGCAACUAUACCAAAAAUCAAAGAUGUUAACAUUAUUGACAAAUACUCACGCAUGGUGUUCCCAGUCAGCUUUCUAGCCUUCAAUCUCGGCUAUUGGCUGUUCUACAUUCUGGAAUGAUAGCACCUGAUGACACUUCACGCCAAAUAGGAGGAGCCCUAGUUUAGUGUGUAGUGUGCCAAGUAAUGCAAACCAAAACCUCAAGGAAAUUCACGAAGCCAUUCUAACCAAAAGCCAAACGCCAAAACACCGCCAAAAUUAAAAGCAGGCAAAUAAUCAAAAAAACAAUGUGAGUUAGUCCACAAAUCAAAAUUAUACGGAAAUUAAGAAUCAAAAAAAAAGAAAACUCUCAACCAAAAGCAACCAACCAAAUGUGUCGUCCUCAGAAAUUCAAUUCAAAAAUUAUUUAUAAAAAUUGAUGUUGAGAAAAUUGAAGCCAAAGGAGCUACUAUUAGUCGAAGUUUAAAAAAAUGCGCAUAAAAGCAAACAAAGAAUAACCAAAAAAGAACAAAAAAAGCUAAAAGAAACCAACACCUGAAUUGUGAAAAAUCCCAUGAGAAAAAGUAAAACAAAAAAUUAUAUCAAAAGCACGAAUUCAUUGCCACCACUUUGCUGGAUGUGUUUGAAAGUAUUAAAUAAAAAGUUCAAAGCCAUAUGAAAUUUACUAAAAAAAAAACAACUACAAAUAAGUAAAAAUGUCGAAAUUUAUUAACAAAUCAAUUAGCUAAUAAUGUAAUUAAAUACAUACAUACCACAUACAUACCAACUGUAGGAAUACUUACAAAUGUUUAGUUUAAGUUAGCAAUGAAUUAAGUAGUCCCUAGAGUAUAAACCCAAGUCUUAAGGGGCACACCUAGUGUAAUGGCCCAAAAAAAAGGUGAUUUUUGGG